AUUUCUCGAUUCUCAAGUAAUCACGUUCAACGAUCAUCAUCAAAUCAUCCUGAAUCUGAAUCAAAAACUACAAAAUGAACAUCCCAUCAGGGCAAUGGAGACUCGACGUGAUGAUGAUGUGCCUUUACCAAAUGGCUCUGUUUUUCUCUGCCCAGCUCGUUUUUGUUAUAUUUCUGGAGUAUAUGCCAAAAACUGCUUGCACCGAAAAAAACUAUUGCUACAAACUCGAGAGCAAAUGUUUGUCGGAUUACGAUGAAAAUAAGCCGAACAUUUGUCUCGUACCAAAUGGUUCAAAAUCUCAAUUUGAUGAAUGUGUGAACGAUAAGAAGUAUUUGUAUUUUGAAUCAGCUCAACAUUAUUAUCAACAAGAUUGCACGUCUUUGACUCACUACUCCGCAUCUACUAAUAUGUAUCUCGGCGUUCUAUUUGCCAAUCUUAUUCUAGGAGUUUUGGCUGACAAACUUGGAAGACGUCCGAUUUUCUUUGCAUCUAUCGCAAUUGGAGUAGUUUCUCUGAUUCUGUCAGCAGCAAUACCAUCUCUCAUUGCAUUCUACAUUUUUCGAUUCACAACUGGAGUUGGUGUGGCUGGUGCACAAAUUGUUGGAUGGUCUUAUGGAUCCGAGAUGAUCUCUGCGAAACGAAGAUUUCAACUGAGGACUUUUUCAAAUUGGGCCAACGCUAGAAUCCUCGUUGUCUUCGUUGCUUUCAUCACGCGUAGAUGGGACACGGCUUCUUAUGUCUGUGCUGCAAUAUCUGCAUUGAUCUUCCCAAUUUUAUGGAAGCUUCCCGAAUCUCCAGUGUUCCUUGAGCAGAAGCAUAGAAUAGAAGAGGCGAAUGAAGCACGAGAACAAUUGGCAGAAUUGUGUGAUAUGGAAUACGAAGAAAAGGAAGCAGCUGCAAUUAAUAAUCUUAAAAAGAUCACAUUUAUGGACUUGUGGAGGAAUGAGAGAUUGAGAACAAACUUUCUGGUUCUAUGUUUUAUGUGGUUCUUCGUAGGAAUGGCAACUUAUAUCACUGAUCUCAACGGUGCGGAUAUGUCUACAAACUUGUACGUUGGACAGUUUCUGUCAGGAUUGCUUUUGACAAUUUCCAAAAUAAUAUUUGGAUUCGCGGAGCCAAGAUUUGAAUGGUUGGGGCGAAGAGCUAUAUUCCUAUUCUCGCAGGGUGUUGCUAUCAUUGCCUACAUACUUAUUCUGGUUGCACUGGUCACUAGUAAUAAGGAAACAACAUGGUAUCUCAUUGUCUAUCUUUGUGCAUAUUCUUUUCAAGCACUAGCAACAGAAACAUGCUACCUCUCAGUUGCGGAACUUAUUCCCACAGAUGUGCGGGUUACUGUAGCAGCUAUUACGAAUAUUUGUCUGAGACUGGGAACAAUUGUGGCUUCACUGACAAAACCACUCAAAUUCUCAUUUGAACCUGGCCUUUUCUUGAUUAAUUUGAUUGUUUGUUCAAUUGGAAUCACAGUUGUCUACUUCUAUCUCGAAGAAUCUAGGAAUGUGAAUCUUCAACAUGUUGGGCAAGAUGAGGAGCCAUCUGCAGAAGAUGAACACUCUAAAGCGAUGCUGAACGACUCUGGGGAGAAAUCAGCUGACGAUUCCGGUGUAGCUUCAACUGACAAUUCAGCACUUGCGACAAGUACCGACAGACGUGAUGAAGCAUCCGAGACGGAACAUUCAAAUACAAAGAGCAGAGUGGCAUGAUUGAGAACUUUUGCAUAAAGUAUAUAAAUUUUUGGUCAUUCAAU